AUGGCACAGGCACCCAAGCUUCGACUCCAGCCGUGCAACCGUCAACUGUGGGAGACAAUGACGACAAGCAAUGGAGAAGAACAGAAGACAUACAGUGGACUUAGAAGAAAAGAUGAACCAGCAGAAGAGUGGAUUCAACGCGUCGUAGCAAAGCCACUCGACGGAAACUUGGACCAGCAGAUGGUUCUCGACAAAAUCAACGAUAUUAUGCGUACGAGCAAGGAAAGGAGCCAGAAACUUGAGCAAGAAUUCUACGAAAUCUCUUCAAAGCUGUUAGCUUGGGCCACUUCAAAGCCGUCCUCCAUGCACGUCCAAGAAGUGAAGGACGCAGAGAAGCGCGUCCAAGCCGCUAGAGACCAACUGAAAGCUCAAGAAUACAUAUGUGGCAAACUGCUUGAUGUUGCUUCUACCAUCCAUGCGGCCGUGCAGGAGGUGUCUCGAUACGAAAAUGAUCUUCUUGAUAGAACUGAGCAAGCUAGCUGGGCGCAAGAACUACCAGAUUCCGAUAAGGGACAGCCCAAAGUUCUGGCACCCAACUCUAGUCCAUGA